AUGGGAGACAGAUCAGGGCUGACGGGAUGGAUAUAGGGACGACAGAUACGAGAGAUCGGACCGAGAUGGAUAUAGGGACGACAGAUACGARAGAUCGGACCGAGACGGAUAUAGGGACGACAGAUACGAGAGGUCGGGUCGAGAUGGCUACAGAGGUGGUAGGUAUGAAAGAGAAGAUCGGGACUGGGAACGACGAGAUGGGUCGCGCGAACGGUUUGAGCGCGGGGGAGAUGCGAGAGAGCAGCGCGACGAGUCGCGGGGGUGGUACAACCGAGGGGACCGACGCGAUGAGUCACGAGGGCGAUAUGACUCGGGGGACCGUCAGAAUGAUUCGCGAGGGCGGUAUGAGCAAGGAGGGUCUGGAUGAGACCGCCGCAACGAUUCGCGCGGUCGGAAUGAGAGAGGGGGAUAUGGCGUCUCAUCAGAACCAUAUCCCAAAUGGUCUGGGAGAUGUAUCGAUGUUCCCUUCGAUGAAGGAGAAUGUCGAAGCAAGGAGAGUAAAGCCGAGUAAAGAAAAGGAGCCGGUCAGGAGCCAGAGCAUCAAGAUAACCUUUGAGGGGGAUAUGGCGACCACACCCAUAAGGGUGGCAGCCACCAAGUCGGCGAGAGGGUCUACAUCGAAGAAGACUGAUACAGAUUACGUGAUGGCGGAGAAGGACGGGCAGCGGGUCGAUGGAGAGGAGGUUAUCCUUUCGCCGCGAAAGCGGGGAGUGAAGAAGUUCUUAAUGAAGAGUUCGCUGGACGAGAUUGACACGGUCGAGCCAUUGAGGCGGGCCCUUCGGCAACCCAUGCAGUGCUCUAUUCUGGAGUACCUGGCGGCAUCGAAGCCGGCUCGUUAUGAGUUACAGAUGAUCACGCGGAAGACUCGCAUACCUCUAUCGGAGGAGGGUCAGGGGGCCCCUAAGGCGAAAGCUUCUACAGUAGCAGUAAUGGGGGUGACUGCCAGAGCGGAUCGCAUGACGACAGUCCUUCUCGAUGGAAUGGAAGGUGUACCUCCAGACAAGUUUUAUAUACUUGGUAGCGGGGCCGUGGAGACGAUUAUAAACGAUGGAGCGGUACUCGAUUCUGUGAUCGAUAACGGCAGUGAGGCUAUCAUCAUAGACGAGGACCUGGCAGUACAGGUUGGACUGGGCCUCGAUAGGUCAUACCUAUUCGAGAUAGAGACGGCUGAUGGGAGAAAGCAACAGAUCACUGGGGUUUGUCACAAGGCAGCCAUAGAGGUCAAAGGGGUACGAGUGACCCUGCCUGUCUUUGCAGUCAAGAACUGCAGCUCCGACCUGCUCUUGGGUCGAACGUGGCUGAGCCACGUGCAUGCGGUGACGAUAGAGCGACCUGAUGGGAGCCAAACAUUGUCCAUGAAGAAGCGAGAUGGGACGCGGGUAAUGAUUGAAACAGUGGAGCCUCGGGACCCGAGGAACAGAGCAGCUCUCGCUGUGGGUGCRAGACCCAGUGAUCAGAUUAAGUCGUUACCUAUCUCCGGCCGCGCGGUGCGAUUUCGUGAGAAGAAAUAUGGACCACUGCUCACAGAGGAAGAAGGUCGGAUCGUGGAGGUGGAAGAUUUAAGAAGUUGGCUAAUAGUGGACGACAACUCGUACCGAAAGGAAAAAGAUGAGGAAUUUGGCGGUGUGGUAUCCGUAUCUUUUUUAAGGGCACGGCCCCCUAUGGGGGGCUACCCAAGCGACACAAGCGAGUAGCUCAAAAAGUUACGCCAGCGGCGGUGGGCCGCGAGCGAUCUGCACUGGAAGGGAUAUCGGAAGAAGAGAUCGCGAAAGAAAUCAAAGAAAGAAAGAGAA